GUGGGUCUGCGGCGCUCUGCGAUGGAUGCGAACCCCAGCGCAGCUGCCACCGCGGCUGCUCGCAUCUUGGCGCCUCCACUAUGGUGCGGCCUCUUCCUACUCUGCAUCCGCUGAUCCGUCCCGAGUACGGGCGCUGGUCUAUGGGAACCACGGGGAUCCUGCCAAGGUCGUCGAAACUGUAUCCUUGACGACGCUCUUAGAACUGUCGGCUGGAACAGCGAUGUCUGUAGCAUUGAUGGCAUUCCACGGGGCAGGCUGGAGCUGGUCUUCCUGACUAAAGAACCUGGAGCUAGCUGCCAUGGGAGGAUCAGACGUCCAUGUGAGGAUGCUGGCAGCCCCUAUCAAUCCAUCUGACAUAAAUAUGAUCCAAGGGAACUAUGGCCUCCUCCCCAAGCUGCCUGCUGUUGGAGGAAAUGAAGGCGUUGGACAGGUGGUAGCAGUGGGCAGCCGUGUGACUGGGCUGAAGCCAGGAGACUGGGUGAUUCCAGCAAGUGCUGGUUUGGGAACCUGGCGAACUGAGGCUGUGUUCAGCGAAGAAGCUCUGGUUGGAAUUCCCAGUGACAUCCCUCUUCAGAGUGCAGCCACCCUGAGUGUCAACCCCUGCACAGCCUACAGGAUGUUGGUGGACUUCGAGCAGCUGCGGCCAGGGGAUUCUGUCAUCCAGAACGCAUCCAACAGUGGAGUAGGGCAAGCAGUCAUCCAGAUUGCCGCAGCCCUGGGCCUGAGGACCAUCAAUGUGGUCCGAAACAGACCUGACAUCCAGAAGCUGACCGACAGACUGAAGGGUCUGGGUGCUGAGCAUGUCAUCACAGAGGAGGAACUGAGAAGACCUGAAAUAAAAAACCUUCUCAAGGACGUGCCUGAGCCACGGCUUGCUCUCGACUGUGUUGGCGGGAAGAGCUCCACGGAACUGCUGCGGCACUUGGCGCCUGGAGGGACCAUGGUGACCUAUGGUGGGAUGGCUAAGCAACCUGUCACAGCCUCUGUGAGCCUGCUCAUUUUUAAGGACGUCAGACUUCGGGGUUUUUGGAUGUCACAGUGGAAGAAGAACCACAGUCCAGACGAGUUCAAGAGGCUGAUCCUCACACUGUGCGACCUCAUCCGCCGAGGCCAGCUCACAGCCCCCACCUGUACUGAGGUCCCCCUGCAGGACUAUCAGCGGGCCCUGGGAGCCGCCAUGGAGCCCUUCGUGUCUUCAAAGCAGAUUCUCACCAUGUGAUCCUCCAGAAGAGCCAGAGCAAAGUGGGAGGAGAUGUGGGCCACGGUGGCCAGGCCUCCUCAGACUGCCCUCUGUUCACCACUCAUCCCACCAGGAGAAAGAGAGGCCAGCCUUAUAAAUAAAGUCUACAUUUCCUAAAAAA